CCGCAAGAGAGAGAGACAGAGAGAGAGAGAGACAGAGAGGAAGAAGGGAGAGAGGAGAUAAUAUCAGACAACUACCGCGAAGGACAACCACCGAAAAAAAGAAAAAGAAAACCAGAGACUGCGUAGUUCACUUUCAGAGCCUAAGCGGAAGAAAUCGCAAACCAGAGAAAGAGUGUGAAGGAAGGAGGAAGAAAAAUUCUUAAAGAACAGUCAAUUGAUCAAAGGAUCAUUGAAAAUUUCAUCUGUUUCUCAUUUUCUCCUUCUCUAUUCUUUGAUUUCAUCGCUUAUUGCUCGUCUUCCUCUGGUUCUUCAGUUCUUCGUUUGAGAGUGGCUGAUGAAACUGGUUAUAAGUUCCUCGUUUCUCAUGUUCUUCUCAUCAUAGAAGAAGAAUUCCUUUCUGGGUUGUUAGAAUUGAGGAAAGAAACCCAUUUCCGAUUCGACGCACUUCGCUUUUCUCUCAGUAGGGUCUGGUUGGAGCCGUGCUUGGACACCCAACCUGGCAUAUUGAUAGCUAGAAAUGGGUAUAUAUCUCAGCACCCCUAAAACUGAGAAGUUCUCUACCGAUGGUGAGAAUGACAGACUUAGGUAUGGUUUAUCCUCCAUGCAAGGGUGGCGUGCAACCAUGGAAGAUGCUCAUGCAGCUUAUCCAGAUCUCGAUGCUUCCACAUCGUUCUUUGGUGUUUAUGAUGGUCAUGGAGGUAAAGUAGUUGCUAAAUUCUGUGCAAAGUACCUUCACCAUCAGGUUCUCAAGAAUGAAGCAUAUUCAGCAGGGGAUUUGGGUACUUCUGUGCAGAAAGCUUUUUUCAGAAUGGAUGAGAUGAUGCGUGGACAAAGAGGAUGGAGAGAGUUAGCUGUACUGGGAGACAAGAUGAACAAGUUUACUGGCAUGAUAGAAGGGUUGAUAUGGUCUCCUAGGAGUGGGGAAGUUCAUGAACAACUUGAUGAUUGGGCUUUUGAGGAGGGACCCCACUCUGAUUUCUCUGGACCAACAUCUGGAAGCACGGCUUGUGUUGCUAUUAUCCGAAACAAUCAACUUCUUGUUGCAAAUGCGGGUGAUUCUCGGUGUGUAAUCUCUAGGAAGGGGCAGGUAACUUCUUUUUCCUGAAUGUUACUGUGUUUU